GGAGGGUGAUAAACCAGGGUGAGAAUCUUAUCGAAGAUUGGAUCCCCGAGAGGGUGAGAGUGAGAUAAUAAUUUCCCAAAUCGGUCGAGAGGAGCGAUCAAAGAAAUCCGAACGGGUCGGCGACGCGGCCGCGUCGCUUGUGGUCGAAUCCGCGGGUCGGUGAUAAUUUCGAGAGAGAGAAAGAAAAAGAGAAAAAGAGAAGGAAAAAAAAAAAAUACUCAACACGUGCGGGGAUGUGUUGAGCCCGGCCGUGCGUCGUUGUAUAGGUUCCAGUGAUACGCCGCCGACGACGAUUAUGGACGAGAAUCUGAGCAGAGGGUACGUCCAGUUGGGCAAAGCCAGGGGUAUGAACGAAUUCAAGUUCACCAACGGUUUCGCCCACCUAUCGCCGCCCGUCGACAAGUGCAACUUCGUCUAUCUCGCCCUGGUCCUGGCCGGGGCAGGAUUUCUCCUCCCUUACAACAGCUUCGUUAUAGCCGUGGAUUAUUUUCAAGCGAGAUACCCGGGGACGACGAUUAUCUUCGACAUGUCGUUGGUUUACAUCACGAUGGCCUUCUUCGCUGUGUUCGCCAACAAUAUUUUAGUGGAAACUCUGUCUCUGAACACGAGGAUAACCUUCGGAUAUCUGGUGUCCUUCGUGACCCUCAACUUCGUGGUGAUUUGCGAAAUAUGGUGGGAACUUUUCGGCGUGGCUGCCUCCUACACGAUCAACCUGGUCGCCGUGGCGGUAGUGUCCUUGGGAUGCACGGUUCAACAAUCGAGCUUUUACGGUUACACUUCGAUGCUCCCCAGCAGAUACACUCAGGCGGUGAUGGCCGGCGAAAGCGCCGCGGGUUUCUGGGUGUCGACGAAUCGCAUAAUAACGAAAUCUCUGGUUGACGACGAGCGCGGGAACACAUCGAUGUUCUUCGUGCUCUCCAUAUUGACGAUCGUCAUGUGUUUCGUGCUGCACCAGGUCGUGAGGCAGACGGACUUCGUCCAGUUCUACAUCACGCUGUGUCAGGAGAGAAACAGGAUCACUCUGGAGCCGACGGAGGACGUCGGUCUGAUGGAUCCUCUGGAGCAGGUGGGAGACCCCGCCAAGGGUCAGUACGGGGUCCUGAAGCUGCAAACGAGUCCGUUGGCCGCGGAUUCGGCCGGUUCCGGGAACGCGGACAAUGGCAGCAACGGUCAGUACUCGGCCUUCUCCUUCAGUAAUCCCGUUUACGAGCCCGGCGCACCUUCCGGAAAUCCUCCGGGAAGCGCGGGUCCCACCUACAAGGUCGAAGACGUCGUCAUACGGACUCGAGGGACAUACGGAACCCGCACCAACAGGCCGUGGUCGGGCAUAAAAAGGGGUUUGUUAGCUCGACUGGAGGUAGCCAAAUUGAUAGCCCCGUACAUGACGAGCAUAGCCGUAGCUUAUUUCGUCACACUCUGUCUCUACCCCGGAAUAGUAUCCGAAAUAAUAUCCUGCAAGUUCGAAUCCUGGAUGCCGGUGAUACUAAUGGCCGCCUUCAACGCUGCGGAUCUCCUGGGCAAGGUUCUCGCUUCUAUCCCGUACGAAUGGACGCGUAGGCAAUUGUUGCACUUUUCAGGUGCUCGAGCGUGGCUGAUUCCCCUGUUUCUGAUGUGCGCCAUCCCGAGACGGGCGCCAAUAUUGUCCGGCGAAGGUUACCCGCUCCUGUUUUCCCUGUUGCUCGGUCUGACCAACGGGAUAGUCGGGAGCGUUCCCAUGAUCCAAGCGCCGAGCAAGGUCCCCGAGGAGCACAGGGAGCUGACAGGGAACAUAAUGACCUUGUCGUACACCACGGGACUUACGAUGGGAUCCUUGUUGGCCUACAUGCUCGACGAUUGCCUGGGUCCCCCGCUGCAGACGAAGGACAUCUGUCCGAAGGUUCGAAAGGUCGUGACCUCUGUAAUGAACAAUGGAACGUCAGCUUUUCCGAUCACCUCGUUAGCGAGCACUACGGUAUCGUCCGUGACCACAGCUGUUGUACCGGUAAUAGAAAAGAUAACGAGGAUUCCUAAGCUCCAGAAAGCAAUGGCUACCGCAUUGACGGCCGUAAUGGCGACGACGACGACGGUAUUGUCCAACGAAACGAUCUCGCUUACGAUAAGCAACAGCACUAUUCUGAACGCGACGACGACGGUUUUGCCGAAAAUUUUAUCGAACGCGACCACCGUGGCGAGCAACGCGAUUCUCCAGCAUUAAAAUUAGUUUCUUAGACGAUAUUGAUUGUAAAAUUUAUCUACUUUAUAUUAUAUUGCGCGUCGUUGGAAUGCGGGGAAGGGAGAAGAGGGGAAACGAUGUGCGAGCGAAUUUGUUGAGCGUUUGAAAAAUUUUGUUAGAACAGGCGAUAUUUGUGAGGUGGGCCGGAAACGAUGGACGAAAAGUUUGGUUUUUCAUUCUUGAAUUUUAUGUCCAGCUUUGAAACGAGGCUGAUGUUUAUGAUAACAAUAAAUUAUUAUUGUUAUUUUUAUCACUAUUAUACCCUUAAAAUAUAUUAUAGAUAUACAGUACAUUGUAUAACAUACAAGGGGAAUUCUACGUUAUUUCGACAAACCAAAAACGGAAUGACGCUCUUAGAAUUUUCCAGCGAUUCUUUUUACCAUAUAGCCCUUGGUUGAAAACUUUUUUUUUAAUUCUUUUGUCCAGCCGUUUUUGAGUCUUGUAUUUUUUAAAAACUGUAAAACUGGAAACAGUGCGGUGAUAGAAUUUCUUUGAAAAAAUUCUCGAAAAAUACUGUGGCCAACGACAAACAUUUUUGGGUCAUGAAAAAAAGUGUAAAGAUUUUUUUUUUUUUUUGUAAUCAUUAUCUUUUCGAAUGAAAGAAAAAUUAAAGAGAAUAGAAAAAAAAUCGCUACAUCUUUUUUCAUAUGCGAAAAAUGUUCGGAUGGUUGGCUCCAGUAUUUUCGAAAAAGUCAAAACUCAAAAACUCUCGGGUGGGCAAAACGAUUUUGAAAAAAAAUCACUAGAGUGUUUUCAGCCAAUGGCAACGCUGAAAUAAAUCGUUGGAAAAAUUGAAAAGGUCGACUUUUUUUGGUUUUACAAUAAAUAACGUGGAAUUUCCCAUAUGUAUACGUUAUGUGACCCGUGAAAAAGUGCUAUAUGAAUUAUGAUUGUUAUUAUACAUAACGACUACCACUCUCCCCUACUAUAUUAAUGAUAAUGAUCGCGUUAUAAUAAUUCCCGUGCAGAUUCCCACACACAUAAAUAUAGGGCGUUGAUGACAAAUUGAUCCAACCAUUUUGUGUACAUGUAUACUGGAUCUUAAAAUAUUAUUCAUUACUGCUGUAAAGAAACGGUCAAAUUUUGGCGUGGGGAUGAAAAAAAAAAGAAAAAAAAAACUAUUGCAGUGUAAAUAUAUAUAUGAUGUAUAAUUACCUUUGAACCAGAUAUCACUCGCUGCGGACGCAUAUAAUUAACGGUCUUCGUUUGGAAAAAAAAAAACAUCAAAAAAUGAUACGUUAUACGAUUCGCGUGCGAGAAUCAAACACCUAAAUAAAUAUUAUAUACCAAUUUCACGCCUCGCAAACGGUUUCGUAUGUAGGCAAAAAAAAAACUCAUCGGUUCCAAGUUUCUUUUUUAAAUAUUUGAUGGUUAUAUGUAUACCAAGGAAUGGAGAAGGAAUGAAAAAAAAUGAGAUUUUUGAAAAAAAAAAAAAAACAUCGUGGAUAUCAAACGAGAAAAAAAUACUAACUGGGUACACGUGCGUAUAACGUGGCGUGCGUAAAAAAUCAAUGCGUAUAAUAAAUAUUAUUACUGUUACUAUUAUUAUUAUGAUUGUUAUAAUUAUCAUUAUCGUUAUUAUAUAUACUAUACUAAUUGACUAGCUAAUUGAUAUAAUUAUGGGAAUGUAUAUACUGUAGAGUAAUAAUUAGCUGAUGGAUUGCCGCAAGUAUUUUUGUAAUUUACCGAGUUUUUGAUCGGAAACGCUUAAUUAAUAAAAUUAAUUUCCGCUGUACGGUAAUGAGUCGCAUAUACAAUAUGAUAUAUUAUAUUGUAUCAGCUUAAUGAUACGGUAACAAUAAUUGAUGUUAUAUAAUUGCUAAACAGUAAAAUCGACGUCGAUAUUUCCAUGUCGGAGUCGCAAUAGUAAAUCCUAUAAUCUGUACCUAGAUAGUAGUGCUGUAGUGCGGCAUGCGCGACAUUGCAAUGUAUGAAGAAAAAGAAAAGAAAAGAAAAAAAAAAAGACAAGAUUAAUUCGGUACCUACUUUGUAAAAACUGAAUUGCACGAAUUCUAAUUUCUUUGUUCAUUUUUUUCUUGCUUCUACAUUCUGAUUAUUCCGAUGAUAGACAUAUCCAAAAUUGAAGGAACAUAAUCAUUAUGGCGUUUAGUGUGUAAUAUAAAAGAAAAAGAAAAAAUCAACGCGCCUGUAAUUUUUAAUCUAUACACUAUAAUAUUACUUACGGAUUCGGAAUUGAUCCGCACCAAACUGAGAUAAAUUUCAUUAAAUAUAAUCCGCUCAAGAAAAGAAGCACGAAUCAAUAUCGAUCUAUAUUUUCGUAUCCUUUUUUUCUCCCCCCACAACUCUUCGUUUUACGCUAGUGACAUAAAAUUUUGGGAAUUCUUUGUGAUGAUAAUUUUAAACACCGUGUGGUCGGAUCUGUCUUUCAUUUUCUCUUCAGAAGAAAAACUAACGCUAGAUCCGACGUCACUGCAGUACAAAUAUUUUGUUUUAGGUAAUCAUUAUAAUUGUCGACCGAUAAAUUGAAAAAUUGGAAGAGAAAAAAAAGAAUAUAGUUGUGAAGCAACACGAUGCAGGCUGGGGUUAUUUGGAUUUCUUCGGUAAUUGAUAUUAUAAUGAAAUAAUGUAUAAAUCUAAAUUGCGAUCUAUAUUUUAGGUAAUUGGAAAUCGAUGUUAUAUAUACCGUUGAUUAAAUUAAGAAAGCUCAUCAGUGAAAUUGUUACUCAUUUAUUACAUGUAAGGAAAGAAAAAAAAAAAACAAACAAACAGAAAAUCAAAAAGAGAAAAAAAAUUUCAUUGUAUAAAUAAUUAUGCGAUCUCCAUUAUAACAUGUUGCGUGUAUGUAAUUCAUGUCGAUGAUCGGUCAAUGAAUAACCAUUACCAAAAAUAAAAAGUUCAAUUAUA